AGAGAGCGAGAGAGAGAGAGAGAGAGAGAGAGAAAUAGAGAGAGAGAGAGAGAGAGAGAGAAAUAGAGAGAGAGAGAGAGAGAGAGACGUUAUUUCCACUGUGUGUGUGUGGCACUCGGUUUUUAAGGAAGUCAAGAAACUGAAGAAAAUGGACGACGUGUGCUCUGCUGUGCUCUGAUCUUUUUUUAUUUUUGAACAUAAAUUGGAUCUUCAGUCUUCGUAGACGGAUCGAGGAGCGACUUAUUACCACUGAAACAAACGGAGGCGACGCUAGCCUGUUAGCUUGAUCCGGUGAUGUUGUUACAGUUGAGGUUUUUUUUUAAUUUAAAAUACGGAAUCAGAAUUGUUUGGUUUGAAAAAAAAAACCAAACACACCGACUAACAAGAUAAACCUGAAAACAAGCGGGUCAUUUUACCUGCAGACAUUAAACGUGUCUGCAGGAGUUAGCCAAAUAGCUAGCCAGAAUAAGUUAGGCAAAGAAAAACAAAAGAAACGUUUGCUUGUUAAAAUGUUAAAGUGACAGAGACUGAACAGCCUAAUAGAGCAUAAAUAAACAUUAAUGGUUUUAACCUUUUAAUUUCUUCAACCCUCUUAUUUUGUUAGCUGAAUCAGUUUCCUGCAUUUGCAAAAAGUCUAAUUUGCAGCUCUUGAUUUAAUCUAAUCUGUGUGUGAUUUAUGAUUUAAUAUGUGCUUCACAGAUUGAUUAGAGACUUUAUUACCUCCACUUCACCUGCUGACACUUUGAAAAGAAAUAUGUGACUUUUAAGGCAUUUUUUUUUUAUCACCAGUAAAUCAGUUUCUGCAUUUUGUUGUUAUAAAAUGUGUCAAACCAGAGCAGGAGAGCUGGCAUAUCCUAAAUGUCCUGUACAGUAGGCUGUACAUUUUAAAAACAGCCUCAUCAGGUGUAGCUCAUAACUGCACAGAUAUGCGUCUUUCCUCCUUUCUGGCCGUGUUCAGGCCUGCUUUGCCCCUCAUCCUGGGGCUGUCUCUUGGAUGUAGCCUGAGCCUUUUGAUGGUUUCAUGGACACAAGGGGAUACCGAUGACUCUUGUGGUGAUGAACUGGGCAACGGGAGGCUCUUCCUGGGCAGAGGAGAGGCCCAGAGAGACUCCAGAGACGGAGCAGGAGAAGAAGACUUCCAGCCACGUAUCGUGCCCUAUCACAAGGAUCCAAACAAGCCCCACAAGAAGGUCCUCAGGACCCGGUAUAUACACACCGAAUUGGGCAUCAGAGAGCGCCUGCUGGUCGGUGUUCUGACCUCUCGGGCCACCCUCAACACACUGGCCGUGGCCGUGAAUCGCACAGUUGCCCAUCACUUCCACCGCACCUUCUUCUUCACGGGCCUGCGUAGCCCCAAGGUGCCUCAUGGGAUGACCGUUGUAGCCCAUGGGGACGACCGCCCAGUGUGGCUGAUGUACGAGACUGUGCGUCACCUCCAUCAGCACUAUGGCUCGGACUAUGACUGGUUCCUGUUGGCCCAGGAUGACACUUACAUGCAAGCAGAUCGUCUGUCCGAGCUGGUGGGUCACCUCAGUGCAGGCCAGGAUUUGUACAUGGGCAGAGCGGAGGAGUUUAUUGGUGGAGAGGAGAAGGCCCGCUACUGCCAUGGGGGCUAUGGCUAUCUGCUGUCUCGCAGUCUUCUGGCUCGUCUGCAGCCGCACCUCGACACCUGCCGUAAUGACAUCCUCAGCGUGAGACCUGAUGAGUGGCUGGGCCGCUGCAUUAUUGAUUACCUGGGUCUCAGUUGUGUGGAGGUGCACCAGGAGAUGACUUAUCAUUAUUUUGAACUUGGGAAGAAUGCAGAUCCAGAGCGUGAAGAUAGCGUACAGUUUAAAAACGCCUUCACAGUCCAUCCUGUAUCUGAACCGAAUCUGAUGUACCGCCUGCACAAACGCUUCAGCAAGAUCGAGCUGGAGCAGACGUACCAACAGAUUCAGCAGCUGCAGAUGCAGAUCAACAACCUGAGUGACCUCACACCUGAGGGUAAGGCCGGAGUAACGUGGCCUAUCGGAAUCAACCCUCCCUUCAAGCCAAGAACCCGUUUUGAGGUCAUUAACUGGGAGUACUUUACUGAAGAGCACAUUUACUCAUGUGUUGACAGCUCCCCGAAGUGUGAGAUGAGAGGGGCUGACCGUGCGGAUGUUAACGCAGUUUUAGAGAUCGCCGUGGAGCGUCUUAACGAGCGAUACCAGCCCCAGCUGCGCUUCCGCAAGCGCCGUCUUCUCAACGGUUACCGGCGCUUUGAUCCCACGCGUGGUAUGGAGUAUGUGCUGGACCUCGCACUUGAAGCCUACACCCAGAAAGGCCACAGUCAAGUCAUUGCCAAGCGUGUUAACUUGCUGCGGCCUCUAAGCGCAGUUGAGAUUAUCCCCAUGCCUUACGUGACCGAGGCUACACGGGUGCAGGUCAUCCUCCCUGUCACGGCUCAGGAUCAGGACUUUGUUGGGAACUUCCUCGACAUGUACGUGAUGAACACUUUAGACACCCAUGACAAUGUUUUACUCACGUUCCUGUUCAUCUACGAUCCUUUUGACGCCCAGCGAGUCAGCCAGACUGAUGUGUUCGCUGGUGUCAAGGCCAUGAUCGGGGAGGUGGAGAAGCGAUAUGGUGACGUGAAGAUUCCUUGGAUUAGCGUAAAGACGGAGGUGCCUUCACAGGUCAAGCUAAUGGACAUCAUCUCCAAGAAACACCCGGUGGACACGCUGUUCUUCCUGGCCAGCGUGUGGACCGAGGUCAAUGCCGACUUCCUAAAUCGCUGCAGAAUGAACGCCAUCAGCAACUGGCAAGUCUUCUUCCCCAUCCACUUCCAAGAGUACAGUCCUGCCGUUGUGUACCGCGACCAGCAGCCCUCUGCAGCCUCCUCCUCUUUUGCGUCAGAGUCACUGCGAGACGGACACUUCGACCGCCACGUGUUUGAAGAGGCUUGCUUUUACAACGCGGACUACAUGACCGCUCGGACCAAGAUGGCUGCAGACAUCUUGGACAACGAGGAGCUGCUGGAAAGUAUGGACGUGUACGACAUAUUCGUGCGUUACUCCGGGCUCCACGUGUUCAGAGCUGUGGAGCCGGCGCUGAUCCAGAAAUACGUACGGCGAACCUGCAAUCCAAGGUUCAGUGAGGAUAUCUACCACCGCUGUGUCCUUAGUAACCUGGAGGGUCUGGGGUCACGCUCACAUCUGGCCAUGGCUCUUUUUGAACAAGAGCAGGCCAACAGCACCUAGACACCUGGCCUUAGGAAAGUGUCACUGCCUUAAACAUACCGCCUGGACUAAAGAACUCAUGGAAAAUAAUGUGAAUCAUAUUAUGGAACUUUUGUGAUCCAUAGACUGCAAUCCUUACCUUUUGUGUUUGGCAGAAAGUCCAUCAAUGUGUUGCUCAUGGACACCUUAACAGAGCAAACACAUACUGAAGCUUUAUCCUCGCGCCAAAAAAAACAAAACGUUCAGCUCGAAACGUUAGAAUGCUCUUAUUCAUGAGCCUCUGACUUUGCUUCUGUCAUGCUUCUGACAAAUUAUGAGUCAUACAGAUGACUUCUUGCACAACUCCUUGAACGUGGACUACUUGCAUUCCGGCCCUGGAUGUAUUCUCACGGGAGCCGAGCAACAAUAUUUAUACUAUCAAUUUAAAAGAGAAAGAUCAGAGGUUUUGUCUUGAAUGAAUAAAGGAACAAAGGGUUCAUUUGUUUAUUUUGAACUGAAAGAAAACUCAAGUCUUUCUCGGUGAAGAUUUAGGGGAAAAAAAUACUGGAAACAAGCUGAAGCUGCCUUUUCUUGUAAGUGUUAAUUUUUAAAAAAAAAGUAUUAAAGAGUGAUAUUUCUGUU